AUGCGAAAGAUAUUCGCCAGGGCUUUCACGGUCCUUGUGUAUCUCGGCCAGGAGUCAAUGGAGGAUGACAGUGGCGUCGCAAUGUCGUUGCUUGGACAACCUGAGCGACUGCGGGACUUCGAUGGGCUUACGUCCCACGAGAGAUCCAGUCUCACCAAUAUUUUUGCGAGGCCUUACUUUCGACGUAUGUGGAUAGUGCAAGAAGUGGCGCUGGCACCGACCCUCGAGUUGCACUGUGGCGCGGCGACGACCUACCUCUCAGCAUUUGCGAAGAAGCCCUUGGAAGCAAUAUUCGGUUCCGGAAUCGCACAUCCCCCAUGGCUCAAGCACUCCAGAUACUCAGCUGGCUUGACCCCAAAAACGCCUACAACCGCCAGCGUUUGUAAGGACGACCGCGAUAGAGUCUUUGCCCUCCUGAGUCUUUUACCCUUAAGCGAGGAAGAAUGGUUCAAGGCGGAUUACGGCUUGUCCACUGCGCAAGUCUAUACGGGAAUAGCGGCCUUUCUCGCCACCAACGGUUUAGAAGGGGCAGUGUUGAUCCUGGCUUCGCGCCUAGCUGUAGAAGGUGAUUCAGACCUUCCAUCUUGGGUCCCAAACUGGAAGAUGCUCGUCAAUGCUAGUAUGGAGGAUCCGAAGCUUUUUGAUCAUGUGGUUACGCGAAGUCAAGACUUUGGGCUGGUUGGGGUGCCUGGUGUCACCAGGUUUGGAGCCAUCACUGUCCGAGGCAAGAUUCUCGGACCUAUCACCGUUUCAGACCGCGACCUGUCCUAUAUGGCGGUCUCGCGAAAUUUCAUGCGGGAGCGUCACCAACUUGACACACAAUUUUGGCACGCAAAUUCUGUCCCUGGUGAACUGGACCAGUGUUUCACAAGCCAAUUCACGUGGACGUUCAUAAAGCCGGCUCAGUCCCCGUUUGACAAAUCUUGGGAAUGCCACAUUGAAUCCAGGCUGAAUUACAAGCCACCAAGCCAUGCGCAAUACCUUGCUGUUAUGCUUGAAAAUGAACAGAUAUAUCAUGCGACAGUCUUGAUCUUGAGGCAAGAUGACGGCUCUCAUGGCCAAUACACGCUAAUUGAAAUCGGAAUGCCCCUUGUGUGGGGGGUUAUUCCCAUGGAUCGGGCAUGGAUUGAUAAUGAGGGCUGGAUAGAAGGUUUGACACAGGAAGAUUAUAAAGAGAUUGAAGUGCAGGCAGGACUGGGCCAAAAUUGGUCCUUGGAUCACUUCUUAGGUCUCCUCGUCAAAGAUCCCUUGACGACUGGGCCGAUGGAAUGGCCUCACACGCAAAUUGACCGUGAACAAUCUUACGAGGAAACACCUGCAUUGCCGCUCCUUAUGCAAUGGGCGGCAGUCACCUACCGCUUCUUGCUGCUGCUGCGACCGCAGUCCCACUCCAACAUUCGUUGGCUGGCUCGCCGUCCGACCCCUCAUCCCAGUCAGGUCGAAGAUUUCUUUGCACGGGCUAUGUCCGUUGCCCAUUCCCAAGGAUCAGCUGCACCUCUCGCCACUAAUGGCCACGAAACUCGGGACUCAGAGCGAGCUGCCUUUCUGCUCCGAAAGAUUUUGCACCAGUUCUCGGAGUCAACGGAUCCACUGCGUGAACAAGAAAGGUGGAGCCCGUCGAUAAUACGACUUUACUGGAGCUGGGAGAAGUUCAACGCUUUUUUGAGAGAAGAAUUGUCCAGCUUGCGCUAUGUUCGACCGGAUAUAGAAAGUCUGCGAUCGUGCUUCAAGACCCCGAUGCCGGACUUUUAUCGCGCUGAUGCUCAUGAACUCCUAGUAGCGCAUGGGGUGGAUCUCAGAAACGAGUACACGGAAAUACGAAUCAAAUAA